UCUCUUUCGUUUUCAAGUCGAUUGUCACCACAGACGCAUAACGGAAUUUGUUCGAACUUUACCGUGUUUAACAGUUUUCAAGGUUAGCUUUGUUGAUACCUCCUCUUUCGCCUCAGUUUUCGUGAAACACUACGGCACUGUCUCUUUAAGAAGGAUUACUCGUCGCCGACCUCCAGUCCAAGAUUUCCCCCAAAAGCGACUACUUCUCUUCUGUCUCUCCUGCUGUUACUUUCCGUGCUUUAGCUCGUCUGUGACGCCUUAUUUAAAUAUUUACUUAUUUAUUCACGUUGGAAACUUGAAGAAGUUUAACCAUGGCAGAGAUAGGGAAAGUGGUCAGCCCUGGAAAACUGGCCAGUAAUAUGCAGAAGAGGAUAACCCGAGCGCAAGAGAAGGUGAUGCAAAAGUUGGGUAAGGCUGAUGAAACCAAAGACAUGGCCUUUGAGGAGGAGGUGGCAAACUUUAACAAGCAGCUGGCUGAUGGCACCAAACUCCAGAGAGACUUGAAGGCAUAUUUGGUAGCAGUCAAUACGAUGCACGAGUGUUCAAAGCGUCUGCAUGACUGUCUGGCCGACAUUUACGACCCCGAGUGGUUUGGCAAAGAAGAGGUCGACUCCCUCGUGGAGGACACUGACAUCCUGUGGCAAGAUUUUCACCAGAAGCUCACGGAUAAUGCCGUCAUUUCUAUGGAUACAUACUUGGCUCAGUUUCCAGAUAUAAAGGCUCGCAUCGCAAAGCGUGAGAGAAAGCUGGUGGACUUCGACAGUGCCAGGCAUCACUUUGCUUCUAUACAGAAAGCCAAGAAAAAAGAUGAGGCCAAAAUUGCCAAGCCAUUGGCUCUGGUGGAGAAAGCGGCUCCUGUGUGGGCUCAGGGAAUAAUCGCAGCACAUCAAAUCGCUCAAACUAACCUCUCGAGAAACCAGGCUGAGGAAGAUUUGGGGAGAGCUCAGAAGGUCUUUGAAGAGAUCAAUUAUGAGCUUCAGGAAGAGCUUCCCACCCUGUGGAACAGUCGUGUUGGCUUGUAUGUUAACACAUUCCAGAGCGUUGCUGGCCUGGAAGAGAAAUUUCACAGGGACAUGGGCAAACUGAACCAGAAUCUGAGCGACAUUAUGACCAAACUGGACGAGCAGCGUCAGGUGAAAAAAGGUGUUAAAGGAGCCAGCACUGGGACAAGUGAAGUGGCAACCAAUCACAGUCUCUCUGAGUCUGGGACAGACAUCAAUAAAUCUCCAUCAAAGUCCAGAGAAGCACCUCCUUCUCCACGGCCCCCCAGACCGACCUCAUGUCAGGAGGUGAAACUGGAAAACAUCACUGUCGUGUUAGAGGAGACAGUGGUUGCUGAUAUUAACAUUACAACCGCUUCACAGGAGGCUUCAUGGGAUUCAUGGGAGCCCGAUCCGACUCCAGCAGCAGAUUUAUCUCAGCAGUGGAACUGGGAUGAUGAGGCUCCCGCGUGUGAGAACAGGCAGCCGUACGAGGCUCCUAACUGGAACGGCGAUGUUGCUCCUGCCGUGCAGCCCAGCUGGGAUCAUAAGGGCGGCGUGUCCGGGCAGUCAGGGUGGGAAAAUGAAACGGCAGUGGUGGACAAAGGUGUGGAGCUCUGGGUAGAGGAAGGGUCCCAGGUAGGGCAAGGGCAGGACGCAGAUGCGAACUGGGAGAGUGGCACUGCUCCGGCUUGGGAGACGGAGUCUGAUCCGCCAAAGUGGGAGAAGCCUAAGAGUAAUGAAGCUCCAACAGUGACAAAUGGCUCUUCGGAUGCCGAGCUGCCUCCCUCUGUUCUGUACAAGGUGAAAGUGAUGCAUGACUAUGUGGCAACAGACAAGGAUGAACUCGAACUGAAGGGUGGUGACAUUGUGUAUGUGAUUCCCUUCCCCAAUCCAGAUGAACAGGAUGACGGCUGGUUAAUGGGCGUAAAAGAGUCACAUUGGCUUCAGAAUAAAAAUCUGCUAGCCAAAGGCGUCUUCCCGGAAAACUUCACCCAGAAAGUGUAAACGGAACAACCAUCACCCACUGGAUGAAUCUCCUCGCCAUCUACGAAACCUACGCUGUGAUCUUCUUUCUUUAUUUUCUCAUGGUUUUUAUAAGACACCUUUCAAAACAAGGGCUUCUCAAUCAAAUAUGCUUAACAAUUGCAGUUCCUUUUAGGAUGAAAAACAGUGAAAGGUGUUUGGAGCAACAUGUUAUUUCACACUAAUCUUGUUCUUAAUCUGACAUCCUUCAUGGUAAUUUUUUUCAAAUGUUUUUUUUCUCGCACUGCAUGUGAAGUGCUGUCCUGGUAUCUUAGUGUUCUGUAAUAUUCAGUAUCACACAAUGCAAUUCAUUAUAUUUGUAUUGUUUAUUUUGUUUUAUCAAUGAUGUCUGCAGGUAUAAGACACCAAAGAUUAGAAAAUUACUAUGGGGCAAACCACUAACCAUUAAGUUUGUUUGGACUUUUUAUAGACCUUUUCGAGGCAUGCUUUAUUUAUUUUGAAACUGGAGAAGACCUACAAAUCUAUUUUCUGCUGUUACAAAUAUAUAAACACAUUUCCAAUUAACAGAUCUUGGUAAUGAUCUAGAAAAUGCUUUAUGAUAUCUGAGCCCUGAGCCCAAAAGCUGCUUUUGCCAAAAGAGUGUUGAAUCUCGAUGAGAGGUGAUCUUUUUUAUUCACAAAUAUGAUGCUGCUAAUUUGUGUGUUGUCAGAUAUGAUACUGUCACACUGUGCUUUUCAAAUCUAGAUCUCGUCUCCUUCACUCCCUCUCAUCUUUUCAUGUCACAGCUGUCAUUUUUUUAUUCAUCUCAAAGCUCUUGAUUUAAAUCUGUUUUGAAUAAUGAAAUACUUGAAUAAACGAAAGAAACACCCGCAGGGGUCAUUUACUCAUUGUUCUUGCAAAAAUGUGUGAAUGUUCGUGCACUCUUUCAAUGAUAAAAGAGAUUUAUGAGAACGGGAAGGUGUGAGGGGGAGGAUUUUCUUUGAAUGACAGAUUGCAGACAUUCUUUACAUUUUACCAAAGAUAACUAAUCGAUUACCUCAAGGAUGAUGUUUUUACAAUGAUCUUUUGACAUCACGCAACUGCAGCUCUUGUGACUAUUACAUAUGACAUAUUUAUUAUGUUCUUUCAUAUGACCCACCCCUUAAAUGCAUUACUGAAAUAUUAGAGGGUUUUGUUUAUUUAAAAAAUGCAAUAUGUGAAGAUUCUAAAUGUACCACAGGAACUGCAAAAGAUUUUUAAGACGGGGGAAAUUAUGUCCUGUGGCAUUAUGGUAUGGCUUGGGACGCCCUGUUUUAGCAUGCUGUAACUGUAUGGCCCUUGAGAAGCAUUAAAAUGAUUUUGAACA